AUGAGCGAGGAGUGUGCAAAUCCCCUAUUGCUGGGGUGGAUCAAAGAAUGGCUGGAUCAAGCCCGAGAAAGGAACAGCAAAGGCGUGACGGUGUACAAGAAGGCUUACGAUUCAAUGAAAUCAUGUCCAUUGGAGUUUCAACAUCCAUCCCAAGCACUGCAAUUGAACGGAUUGGGUCCUAAAUUAUGUGAUCGGUUGACCGAUAAACUGAAGGCUCACUGUGAUGAAAAUGGUCUUCCUAUGCCACAGCCGCCUGAUAAAGGUGGCAAAAGAACAUCCGGCGGCGGCGACGACGAUCAACCACCAAAGAAACCCCGAAAGAUCAAGCCGUAUGUGCCAACAUUGCGGUCUGGUCCAUAUGCUUUGAUGCUGGGCUUGGGAACCCAAGAUGAGGGCGCAUCACAGGGAUUGACAAAGGCCCAAUUAAUUGAAGUGGCCCAGCCAUACUGCGACAGUUCAUUCACAGCACCCCCGGAUCCAACAAAAUUUUACACGGCGUGGAACUCAAUGAAAACACUUAUUCAAAAAGAUCUUGUCUACGAGCAUGGUCGUCCACUUCGAAAAUACCUUCUUUCUGAAGAAGGCUGGGAAGUCGCCAAACGUCUCCAAAAGACAUUACCCGGUGCUACUCAAAAUACGACAUCUGGAACAACUACCGAGUCACAGCGGACGACUACAUCUGCUGAUCGUGAUAUACCCGAAGAAGAUAAUCCUUCUGUAGAAGCAGAAGACAGCCUAACAAAUGAUGACAUAGCCAACAUCACGCCUAUCAUGCUGCCACCGCAGAGUUUCACCAUCCAGCUUGUUCUGGAUACCCGCGAAGUUCGCACAUCCACCGACCGCGACUACAUAUCCGGUGAAUUGAUGAAACAAGGGAUCACGCCCCAAGUGCGCGCCCUGGAAGUCGGCGACGCAAUGUGGGUAGCCAAGUGCAACGACCCCAAUUUUCUCGCUCGCCACGGCGAAGAAUGCGACGAAGUGAUGCUGGACUGGAUCGUAGAACGAAAACGUCUUGAUGAUUUAAUUGGGUCUAUCAAAGACGGACGUUUCCACGAACAGAAAUUCAGACUCCGCCGUUCAGGCAUAAAGAAUGUCAUCUACCUAAUUGAAGAGUUUGCCGUCAAGCACCCUGACUCUACCAGCGGGAGCGCGGCACAAUACCAGGAGAUGGUUGCCUCUGCCAUCGCCUCGACACAGGUCCUCAAUGAAUACUUCAUUAAGAAGACGAAACAUCUGGACGAGUCAAUCCGCUACCUGGCGCGUAUGACUCUUCUUUUGCGAAAGAUGUACGGGGUUGAAGAUUCGCCCUCGAGUCCAGAUUCAAACAGCGAUAUCAACCUAAACAGCGGUCCUCCAACCUCGAUAUCAAGAAUUGGCCUGAUCCCCGGCCGCCGCCUCUCCACCGAUUCCUAUCUCACUAUUCUCGACAAUCUACGCUCUCGAGACCCAUCAAUUACCUACGGUGUUUCGUUCGUGACGUUCUCCGCCCUCACAUCAAAAUCGGAUGUCCUUACUCUUCGUGACGUGUUUUUGAAAAUGCUCAUGUGUACGCGUGGUGUUACAGGUGAAAAAGCACUUGAAAUUCAGCAGAUUUGGCCAACUCCACGACAUUUGAUGGAGGCAUACAUGGCUUUAGAGCCCAAGGAGCGUGCGACGAUGGUCGCGAAACGAAUGGCGGAAGUUGUUGGACGAAAGAAAGUUGCCAAAGAGCUCAGCAAGCGCAUUGCAGAGAUCUGGGGAGAAUCGAGCUGA